AUGUCACAAAGCUACUCAACGCAAAUGCUUAAUGCAGAUGUUAUAUCUGUGAUUGCAAAUGUGGCAGCAAACGAGUCCAAGGCGAUUGAAGUGGCAUCUCAUAUUGCGUCCAAGAUCAGCGAUGGAGAACUCAAAUUGGUAGAACUAGUGAUCUGUUUACGCGAUUUCAUAAUUUCACCCGAUCACACUGAGAGGAAAAAUGCUUUGUGCUCUUUAUCUGUCAUUUUGGGCCAGCUGCCUAAGCAAAUCUUAUCCAAGAAUGAUGUUUCUGUGAUUUUGGACUUUUACUUGGGGAAGUUCGAUGACACAUCUUGCCUUGAGGAAAUUUUGCAUGGAAUAAGCAGCAUCAUCGAAAUGAAAUGUUUUUACUGCAAUCAAAUUGCAAGCGUACUGAACCCGUUAAAGGACGACUAUCAGCCUACCCAACACCUAGCUGCUACUCGUUAUUAUGCUUUCUUGAUUCUAGAUCACGUCUUGGAAAGGUUCCAAACAGAUAUCCUAAAGAACGUGAAUAUGAAUAAUCUCUUCGUCGAGACUUUUCUUUCUGUUGCUGCGGGCGAAAAGGAUCCUAGAAAUCUUUUGAUUUCGUUCCAACUUAAUUCGAAAAUAAGUGGUACUCUCAAUGAAAUAUCUCAUUUCAAAGAGGAUCUAUUUGACACGUUGUUCUGCUAUUUCCCAAUCACUUUCAAACCUCCCAAAAAUGAUCCUUACAAGAUAAGCAACGAUGAUUUGAAAUUAGCUCUACGAAACGCUAUUUCCUCCAAUGUUUUAUACGAGGAGGACGCCUUUGGAAACUUGGUUGAUAAAAUGACAGCCUCUUCGCCCACUGUUAAAAACGAUACCUUGUUAACUAUGAAGGCCUGUAUUGAAAAAUUUGGUGGAGAGGCCUGCUUCAAAAACUGGAUGCCCAUUUGGAAUGCUUUGAAGUUCGAAAUAAUGCAAGGAUCAGAUGUUGACGGAUCUAAUGCUGGUAGCACAUUAAUCGAAUUCGAUAAUUACGAGGAUUCAUUAAGGGUCCUGACCGCUCUAUCAGCACAAUUGAUAGGGUAUAAAGAGGGCGCUUUCGAUAAAUUCCGCAAUCAUAUCUUUGAUGAGUUAAAGCCUAACUUCAGAUAUGAAAAAGAUCUUAAACAGAGCUGUGCAGUUCUUUCGGCAAUGUCUAAAGUCAAUACCGUUACGUUCGAGAAAAUAUUAUCCGACGUUUUAGUCUUGUUCUUUCAAGAUGUGAAUGACUUAAAUUUGAACAAGCAGAAACUAUUGAUGCUCAACCUUUCAUCUUUCUUUGACGCAUACAUUGAGGUUUUCAGAGAAAAUAAUAAUACUCAAGUCUCUAAAAAAGUCCCAGGUAACAAACUGGCAGAAUAUAAAGACGAAAUACUCAUGUUGUUGAGUAAAGGUUUAAAAGGAAGUUCCGAAAGCGAGGUAACUCUCAAGACCUUAUCAGUGGUUCAAAUGACAAAACUUGUCAAAAUGCCCGGUUAUCUAAUAGAAGAGGAAGUCUCAUUAAUUGUUCAAUAUCUGACGGAAACAAUAUUAACCAACGACAACAAGAACCUCUAUUUCGUUUGUCUCGAAGGUCUUAAAGCUACCAGUGAAACUUGGGAAUCUACUGUUGUUGAAUAUUCCCUAGAUCAGAUGCUGGAUCUUUUAAAAAAUAAGGGUCUGAGUGCAAGCCUUUUGAGCGGCAAAGAGGCAAUCAAUGCGGAAAAGGUCCUAAAGGUCUUAUUAGACUUUACGUCGUCAAGACAUAAACUCGUUGUUGAAAGCAUCAUAGGUGUAACAGAAAGGAUUUUCGAAAAUUCAAAAGAUCGAGGAGAGGCCGAGUCUUGUUUCAUGCUUUUGUCAUGCCUUUAUUCUCUACUAGACAGUAACCAGGAGAUCUUGGUCGAGGAUGUUGCUGCCAAGCUAAAAAGUACAGUUGAAGCAAAAUUAUUAGCGGCUGCAAUGGAGGAAUCAAUCUACAAUGAUGAUCACAACUUGACCCUGAUCUCAUCUGUGUUGUUUUUCAUCAAUGUUCAUACAUCCAGGUCCACACACCAAGCUGAAAUAAACAGGUGUCAACACAUGUUUGUCAAAGACUCUAAAGUGAUGGAAAUCCCUAAGCGAUCUGUUAUGCUCUUCGUUAAGCUGCUAUCCGCAUUCGACAAGACGUGUAAAUUAGAUGUCGAAAACUUAGUAUCCAAGUGUGUCAAUUUACUUGGCACCCAAGGACUUGAAAUUUCUGAAUUUGAAAAGCUGUCUUACUUGGAGUUGCUAGCAGUCUUGACCAACAAGUGGUGCAGCGAUGAGUUUUUAAAGACAGUGUUGGACAUUGAGAAUUGCUCCAUUAAUAAUCUGCAGAUUAUUGCCUGGUGCACUAAGGGGUUGGCAAUGAAAAAUUCCCCUCUAGCUGUCAAGUUCAUCAAAGAGCUCAUCAGACUACUUGCUGACGUCGCUAUAGGAUCCCAGGUUGCCAGUCUGUUUGAGAUUUUCGUAAUGGAUAUACCAACACUGGAUAGAAUCAAGGGAAUACCUUGGGAUAACAACGUCAUGCUGCUCUACAAGCAGAAGCUCUUUGGUGACGUGGCCCCUCAAUUGGUGAUCGCAUAUGGGGAAACGGAUGACAUGCUGGUGAAAGCAAACUACUUAAUGGCACUCUCUUACGUUUUAAAGAAUACUCCGAACAGAAUUACUGUAAAUUACAUUCCGAAACUAUUAGCGCUACUAUUGCAAGCAGUGACACUAGACAACAGUGAGGUCAGAUUUUCUGCUUUAAGCACAAUAAGAGGUACCGUUGAACAGGCUCCUCAGUUCAUAACGGAGCACGUUCACAGUUUAAUUCCCCUACUCAUUGACCUACUACGCCCUACCAAACAUAAUUCAUACAUGGUCAGAUUAACAGCACUUGGAAUUUUACGGGACUUCACGGAACAUGUCCCGCUUAACUAUUUGCUACCGUUCAAAGACGACAUAAUCGCCGGCUUAGGCGUAGCACUUGACGAUAAGAAGAGAAAUGUGCGCAAGUUGUGUACUGAUGCCAGACAGACAUAUUUUGAAUUAGGCCAGGUUCCUUUUGAUUAA